UUCUGAAAACAAAAUGGCGACAGUAGAUGUAAUAACAACAAUCAUAAGAAGAAAUAGGCCGGGAACCAAGGCUGCUGACAUGUAUGGCUGGCCUGAUGAACCAUUUGAAGAGAUGGAUAGUACGUUAGCAGUCCAGCAGUAUAUUCAGCAACAGAUCCGAGCAGAUUACACAAAUAUAGAAGCAAUUUUAGAGUCCCCGGAGGGACAAGAUGAAGGAGUGUGGAAAUAUGAACAUCUGAGGCAGUUUUGUAUGGAACUCAAUGGAUUGGCUGUCAGACUUCAGUCCGACUGUACUCCUUCAACCUGCACACAAAUGACCGCCACAGAGCAGUGGAUAUUCUUAUGUGCUGCACACAAAACCCCCAGAGAGUGUCCAGCUAUUGAUUACACACGGCAUACUCUGGAUGGUGCAGCAUCUUUGCUGAACAGCAACAAGUACUUUCCAAGCAGAGUGAGCAUCAAGGAAUCUUCUGUGGCUAAACUGGGAUCAGUUUGUCGUCGUGUCUACCGAAUAUUUUCACAUGCUUACUUUCACCAUAGGAGUAUUUAUGAUGAGUUUGAGAAUGAGACUCUCUUAUGCAAAAGGUUUACAACUUAUGUUCUAAAGUAUGAUUUGAUGGCAAAAGAGAACCUUAUUGUACCUAUGGAUGAGACACAGUCACCCCCACCCCCACCCCCACACCCACUUCCAGAUGAUUCCACAGAUGAAACUGCAAUGGACAGCGAAGCGUGAGUGAUGAAACAAGAGUUUAAAAUUCAAUGGAAUGGAUAUAUUUCAGUGAAAGUGGCAUUAUGAACUGCUUUUCAUCUUAAACAGCUUUGCUAACUUAUAUUAAUGCUCCUGGCCGCAAGGAAAGAAAAACUUAAUGCAAGUAAAUGUUUGAAGGAUAUUGAGUUGGGUGAAGAUUUUAGCAUGCAAAAUCUUUGGCCAAUGAAGGAGGAUUGAAAAAGAUCUAUCAUUUGUGGUUGAUGAAACUAACCAUCAGCAACAGCUGUACCACUCAAAUAAUUCUCUAUUUUUUCUUUUAUUUGUACAUUUGAUGUGUGUCAGAGAGAGUUCUUAUUUGACAGCCCUUAUAGGAUUGUGAUUUAGAUUCUAUCAAUAUGUCUUUGGUUGUUACUAACUUUUUCCCUUGAAAUAGGUCUGACUGUGUUUUUAAAACAAACUGUUAAGGUUUUUGCUUUGUAAACAGCAAUUUUUACUUGAUAGUACAUUUAGACUAGUAAAUCUAAAACAAUAAA